GGACCAAUGUAUACCUGUAUACAAAGAAGAAAAGCAGUGAAUCUUUUCCUUUAUAUCCUAAUAACUCUAUGUAAUACUACCAGCUCUUUUGUUUUCAGAGGACGAAGACAAAUUAAAAAAUGAUGAGGGACUCCUUUAUUUUAUUGGCUAAAGUCUUGGUAACGUUUGUUUUCAUCAUGUGUAUCACUUCAGCAGAGAGCGCAAGCAACACCUUUACAGAGAAAAAUCUCUCUUUGCUUGGUUACCAUUUAUGCAAUUAUUCUGUGAUAAAAAAUGUGACCAAAACAGUUGCAUAUCAAAAAUCAUAUGAGAAACAAACACCAUGUGGAGGAUGGAUUCCUUGGAGAAUGUGCACCACAACUUAUUACAAAGAAGAGUAUCAUCCUAUUAUGGUCCAAGAAGCUGUGAAUGUGACAGAUUGUUGUGCUGGGUAUGAACAAGUGGGUCUAUAUUGUUCUUUACCCAUAAACAGAUCCAGCGAGUUUGCUUCAAGACCUGGUGCCUGUCCCAUGAAGAUAGGGGAAGCAGUAAAGAGUUCAUGUGUGUCUGACAUGGAUUGUCCAGGAUAUAAAAAGUGCUGUAAGACAUCUAUGGGAACCCAUUGUUCAGAUCCUGUUCCAGAAGAACGAACAGUGACAAAGUACUGGUAUAAUGUGUCAGUCCUUGUGAAAAGGGAUUUCAGUGAAUUAUGCAAAGUAGCUCCAAGGCUUCUGAAUCAUUCACGUUUUUUGCACUCUAUGAUUACUGGAGCAUUGUGGCCCAUGAACAUCUCUGUGUAUCAUAUCCAGACAACCAAGUCAGAAACUUACGCAGAGACAUUAGUGUCUCAUGUCCUGGUUGGACUGCAGCAACUGGUUCCAUUGGUCAAUAUUUCUUCUUUGCUGAAGAAAAUUGUGAUCAGAGUAUAUGAUGUUAUUGACGUUGUUGUACAAGAUUGUGAUCGUAAUAUACCCAACAUUCUGAUUAAAAAUAUGCAUUCUUCUAAUUUGCUGAGAAAUUCAAGAUCUGCAUCACCUGAAAUUCAUGUAUCAGUAGAUUCUGAAUGUGAUUCUCCUUCUAUUAAAAACCACAAGAUCUUCAAUGUAACUAGCAGCAGUUUUGAAGCAUCUUGGAGUAUAAAUUCUUUGCAGAACCAUUCAUUCCGAGCAGAAGUGUACAAAGACAAGGAACUUGUUGAAAGAAUGGAAACCACAGAUAUGAAGCUAACUAUGUUAAAUCUAGAAGCAGGUGUAAUGUAUACAAUGAACAUCAGCUAUGAAGCUUGCGGCAAAAAUAUUACCUCCAGUAGAAUUGUGAAAACAGAUGCCUUGAUAUUUGGUUUAACUCUAAGGAUCUUGAACUAUAACUUCACUGACCAGUUUCUCAAUGUGAGCAGCAGAGAAUACCAGAAUUUUUCUAGAACUUUGAUGGCUGAGAUUAAGAAUUCAUAUCCUUCAAGUAUGAAUGCAUUACACCUAUCCAGGAAGCUGAAAGUACAAGUGGAUUCCAUUAAAGCUGGAAGUAUUAUUGUGAAGCUUAAAAUCAUAAUACAAGAUCUAAAAUUUCCAAAAGACUUAUCUGCAUUUGACUCAAUGAUUGCAUCACUUCAUAACAGUUCUAUGCUUGGAAUUGACCCAAAGAGCUCUUCAGUGGAAGAUUGGGAUGAGUGUGCAUGUAGAGCAGAAAACGAUUGCAGUAUGUCUGCAGAGUGUAUAAAUACGGUGGGUUCAUAUAUAUGCAGAUGCAAGACAGACACAGGUGCCAAUCCAGCCCAACCAGGCAGAAACUGUGAAGGUGAAAUUGUGGAUCCUGUUACUACACAGGGAUCAAAUGUAACUGAUUAUACAACUACCGCACCUUUCUCAAUGGCAGAAAUACAGGAAGUGUCACCUUUCAUUAAGUAUACUGAAGCAACAGUGCUGCCCUCUAGUGGCAUCCAGGAGUCAAGCACUCUUCCAGCAGAGAAGACAUUGGCAACAUCUCAGAAGAUGAACAUAUUAGGGAAUUUCAGCGAUAGCCCAGAAACAGUUAAGGAUAGCUUAAAUAGCCCAGAAACAGUUACUUUGGCUCCAAAAUGGUCGGGCAAUGUAACAGUCUCAAAUGGAACUGUAGCUGAAGAGAGAUGGACCACCCAAGAUCAGCAAAACUCUUCAAUAACCUCAUCACUUGGAGUUUCAAACAUAGAAACCUAUUCUUUUAAGAGAAAUGAAACUACAGUAGAAGCCAGCACACCUAGCUUCUCAAUUGAAAGAAGUUCUGAGAAUAUUAUAGCCAUGAAUGUAACCGAAAACCCCAGAUUUCAUGCUUUGAACCAUACCCUUGAUAGCCAUGUGGGGGGAAAUAACAACUCUUGGUCUAAUGAAAGAAACAGUACAGCAUCACCAUCCUCUUUCAAGGAGAAUAUGACCGUCUCCCUUGCUACAAAUUUUAGUGCAUUUCCAGCUGAAAGAAUAUUUUUUUCCAAUGUGACAAAUACUAGCUUUCAGAUUUCCUGGACUACACAUUUUCCAGCAAAUACUACUUUCCAUUUUCUUUUUUUUGAGGAGGAACAGCUGAUAAAGAAGGUUAAAACCCAAAGCAGUCAUCUGAAUAUUUCCGAACUAAAAGCAGGAACUUUGUACACUGUUAAAAUAAAGCUAGUAUUUUAUGGAAAUGAAAGUGAAACCAUGCAGCGUAAAGUUAAGACAGCUGCCCAGAAGUUUAAUGGGAUGGUUAGGAUAGUGAAUCUGAACUAUAGCUCAGAGUUCAGUAACUCAAGAAGUGAAAAGCACCAACGUUUUUCAAACAUGUUUCUUAAUGAAGUCCGAACAUCUUUGCCUCCUUAUAUUGUUCAAAAAAUGGAUGCUGGUAUGAUUAAUAUUUCAAUAGUAAGUAUUACCCCAGGAAGCAUUGUGGUCAACUUCAGCCUCCUGAUUCCAAUAGACAUGGAUGCAAGGAAUGUUUCUGGGUCUCUUCUUGAAGCUUUUCGAAACAGCAUCCUUUUCGAGGUUGAUAAUAGCAGUCUUUCCAUAUACGAUAACAAUGAAUGUGAGAGAGAGGAAACAGAUUGUUCUCCUAAUGCAUCCUGCUACAAUAUUUAUGGGUCUUAUGAAUGCAAAUGCAAAGAAGGAUUUGUCAGUGUAAAUGCUGAGAGACCUGGGAGAAACUGUGAAGUACUUUCUUCCAGCCUUAGUUCUGGAGAUGAACGGCCAAAGGAAUGGAGCAGCACAGCUUUACCCUUGACCUAUCCAUAUACUUCAGACCCCAUGCCUUCAUCUGCCAAGGAUAACUUUUCUAUUAGUAGUGGCAGAAGCUUGGAGAAUGCAACUGCCAACACUACAAUUAAUAAGAAAAAUAUAAAUCAAACAACAAACAUUUAUGAUUUAUCUCAGAAGUUGUCCUUGAUUAACAAUUCUGCUGCUGGUUCAAUUAAGGAGGCAGUUCAAGUACUCUGUGAGUUUGAAAAAAUUGUCAUCUCCAUUAAGAAGGACUUUCUGCACCAGAAAUCUAUCCCAGAAACUUCCUUGUACCUAGGGAAUCCACGCUGCAACGUAACCUCCAGUAAUUCUAGUCACGUGGUACUUCAGACAGAUUGGAACGAAUGUGAAACUGAAAUACAAACUAAUACCACACACACCAUUGCAAGAACUGUUCUUCGCAAUGAUUAUUCUUCCCAUGGGAUUAUCCACCACUUAAAGAUUUCAAGUCAAAUUCACUGCAUCUUUCAGAACGAUCUCUUAACUUCAUCUGGAUAUACUUCAGAAGGAAUUUAUACCAUUUUUGAAGAUUUACAUGGAUCUGGACACUUCUUAACAGAAAUCCGAUUGUUGAUUGGCAAUUCUCCAAUUCCGCCAAAUUUCAGCAUCUCUGGCAGCGAUAAUGUAAUGAUUGAGGUGGGAGUUCAAACAAGAAGCAAGAAACUCAGGGUGGUUGUUGGCCAAUGUUGGGCAACCCCAACCAAUAACUCAAUGGAUCCUCAUGCAUUUCAUUUUAUACAUGGCGGUUGUCCAGUUCCAAAUACAAAUACUAAAAUGAUUGCAAAUGGGAUAUCCAACCGAGCCCGAUUUAAACUGAAAAUCUUUUCAUUUGUCAAUGGUUCAGUGGUUUACUUACAUUGCAAAAUCAAAAUUUGUGUUGAAAUGCCUAAAAGCACCUGCAGAACGAAUUGUGAGGGUUUCCGCUUUUGGAAAUCAGGUGAAAUUAUUGCUACACCCAAAGCAACCUGGGGUCCUCUUCGUAAAUUCAGUGGUAAACCACUAGCUGGAUUAAAGGAAGAGAAAAAAACUGGUAUGAGAGUAGGCUAUAUCGUCCUCAUUGUUAUUGGCGUACUUGUUCUCGCACUGGGAAUAGCAGGACUUUUAGUCUGCCGAUACAAACACAAGUCUGGGACCUAUGACAUCAAAAGGAGGACUGAGUUUUUUAACUACCGAGCCUUCCAUGAUUGAAAUACAUCUGGAAUCUUUCUAUAAAUAUACUGGUCCAUGAAAUGCUGGAGGUGAAAGACAUAAUCAAAGCAGCUGAUACUCAGAUUAUCGGGCCUCUGAGAACUUCUUAUCAGAUUUAUGUUGCUAUUCCAAACCAUUUGCAUCAUUUCAAGAGGGAAGAACAUUCACCAGUAAUUUUGUAAUUGGAUUUAUUUUUGCUCUGUCUCCCAGUUCCAUAAUUAAUAUCACUUGCUUUUAAAAAGGUAGAAAUUUUUUAGCUAUGUAAGAAAGUAAUCCAAGCAAUUGCAUAAAUUCUGUGCGUGUGUGCCCAUGCGUGUAUGUAUGUGUAUGUGUAUGUGUAUGUAUAUGUAUAUGUGUGUGUGUUUGUGUGUGUAUAUUCUGAAUAAAUAUGUAUAUUUAUUCUGUGACUGUACAAUCAUCAUUUUGAUGCAGGGGUCUACAUUUUAGAGAAUAUAAGUGAAAUAUGCUAGAAGUUUGUGAAAAGAAGGAUUCCGAAGCUGAACAUAUGUUUCCAAAAAGAUCUGCAAAACCAACUUAACGUAGGAUUAAAAGUGAUGAAGAGAUUCUGCUUUUUCUGCCAUUUCAGGAGAAAAGUGGAACAUGUUCUUUGAUAAUAAUCUUCCUCAUAUUUAGCAUAAUUUUUAAAUACUGAAUGAAACAUACAAUGGAAAGUAUCCCUCUCUUAAAACUCAUGUUUCCAUGAAGUUGCUUCUGCAGAUCUCUAAUUCUUACAAUAGCUUUUAGUCCAACAUUCAACUUCACACAUCUACUUGGCAGAAAACUUAUUCAUUCAAUUUCUGUUUGGAUAGUUAGAAUGGAAGUCUUUGAAAUGAAGAAGAGAAAGAAAAAAGGGAGAGACAAAGAAAGGAAGGGAGAGAGAGAAAGAAAGAAAGAAACCAGAAAACACUAGUAUAAAUCGAUUGUAAUACAAUAAUACUUGGAUCUUCAAUUAUUUUGGAUGUUUUUUGAGUCUACAAAAUUUACUAGAAUUUUGCUAAAGGAACAGCUUUUUAAAAAUUGUACACUGCUUAAUACUGCAGUAAUUGUAGCAAGUAAAAUUGCUGCUGUAAAAUAGAUUGAUUUGGACAGACUAAGAGCUAAAAGUAAAUACAGAAAAUUUGCUGAUAUGCUUUUAGAAACUGCUAAAUUUUGGGUAUGUUUAUUAUAAAUCUUCAUUCCAAAGAAUGCUAUUUGUCUUAUAAACAUAUAGGAAAGAGGAACUAUUUUUAUAGCUAUUGUUUUUGACUUUCUAUAUCAUACUAAAAUUAAGUGGAUGUUACUGCUACUGUAGGUGAUUUGUGAAAUGGGUAAAGCUGAAAGAGAAACUGAACAAUUUGCUUUCAAUAUAUGCCAAAUGAAACCUCAGUCUUCAAUUAGAUAUACAAAGCCUAUACACUUACCUUUAUGUUUGCUACUUUAAUAAAUACAUUUUGUAAAUUAA